UUCUAGCUACAUAGGAAAGCAAGUCUAUGCAAUUGAUCACUUAGUAAAACUCUUUUAAUCCACUCUGAAGUUAACCACCAUCAUCAAAAUGUUCUGCGGAGAUUAUGUGCAAGGAACCAUCUUCCCAGCUCCCAAUUUCAACCCCAUAAUGGAUGCCCAAAUGCUAGAGGGAGCACUCCAAGGAUUUGGCUGUGACAAAGACAUGCUGAUCGACAUUCUAACUCAACGUUGUAACGCACAAAGGCUGAUGAUUGCAGAGGCAUAUCAGAGCAUGUAUGGCCGGGACCUAAUUGGUGACCUGAAGGAGAAACUUUCAGAUCACUUCAAAGAUGUCAUGGUUGGCCUCAUGUACCCGCCACCUUCUUAUGAUGCUCACGAACUCUGGCAUGCCAUGAAGGGAGCAGGCACUGAAGAGAAUUGCCUCAUUGAUAUUUUAGCUUCAAGAACAAAUGGAGAAAUUUUCCAGAUGCGAGAAGCCUACUAUUUGCAAUACAACAGCAACCUUCAAGAGGACAUUUACUCAGAGACCUCAGGACACUUCAGGGAUACUCUCAUGAACCUGGUCCAGGGAACCAGAGAAGAAGGAUACACAGAUCCUGCAAUGGCUGCUCAGGAUGCAAUGGUCCUGUGGGAAGCCUGUCAACAGAAGACAGGGGAACACAAAACCAUGCUGCAAAUGAUCCUGUGCAACAAAAGUUAUCAACAACUAUGGCUGGUUUUCCAGGAAUUUCAAAAUAUUUCUGGGCAAGACCUAGUAGAUGCCAUUAAUGAAUGUUAUGAUGGAUACUUCCAAGAGUUGCUAGUUGCAAUUGUUCUAUGUGUUCGAGACAAACCAGCCUACUUUGCUUAUAGGCUAUAUAAUGCAAUCCAUGACUUUGGUUUCCAUAAUAAAACCGUAAUCAGGAUUCUAAUUGCCAGAAGUGAAAUAGACCUGAUGACCAUCAGGAAACGAUACAAAGAGAGAUACGGAAAAUCCCUAUUUCAUGACAUUAAGAACUUUGCUUCAGGGCAUUAUGAGAAAGCUCUGCUCGCCAUCUGUGCUGGUGAUGCUGAAGAUUACUAAAUCAAGAGAUGGAUUUGCAGGACUGCACACUCCUCUCUACAGACUUGUCAAAAUAUAGAGUUUGUGAUAAAUUUGUAUUGUUAGAAGCAUUGUAGCAAAACUGUAGAAUCAUAUUUUCUCUGCUAUCUUUAAAAUCAUUCUGAGCCAAAGAAGAAUCUAUUGAUAAAAGUAUAGGAGGCUAGAUUUGUACUUAUUAUCCAAAUCAGCGAUUUAUUAAAUUGUGUAUAAUGGAAUAAUAAAAAAUUUUUUCAUUGAAAUAUA